AUGGGCGGCUACGUGCCGCCCGGGCCGAGGUUCGGAUGCCCCAAAGACGCGAUUUACAUUUACCCCUGCACUUGUCUUCGGGGUAGUGACAGAGGUUUGUACAUUCGCUGUGAGAAUACGAAUCUGGCCAGUCUCAGUAUUGCCUUCACGAAUCUGGGAAACGAGGGCAUGCCGAUCGAGGAACUGGUUUUAUAUAAAUGUAACAUAGUACGAUUUUACGGGCCGGCUUUGUAUCCAUUGGAUGUGCGAGUGCUCAAAUUCAUCGAUACGCCACUGAGAUUGAUCGAGGAGCACAGUUUUCUUGGCGUGAACCGAACUCUUCAGGAGAUCUACGUAAUAAAUAGCAACCUGGAAAAAUUUCCUCGUGAAGCAUUGCAGAUCCUCGGCAAUCUCAGCCUGUUGAGCAUCACGGGGCACCGGAUAUCUACCUUACCGGGAAAUAGUUUUGGUGAAAGCGCGGCGGCUGCGAAGUUAGAAAAAUUGGAGAUUAGUAACGGUACACUUUCUUCCUUGCCCGUUGAAGCAUUAACGCCACUCAAGAAACUUAAAACUCUUGAUCUUCACGGCAACAAGAUAAAAGACUUGAAGAGGAAUCAAUUCAAAGGUCUAAGAGACACCGAGUUUUUGGACAUCUCUCAUAAUUUAAUCGACAAAUUAGAUGCGUCUAAUUUGGCCGAUCUCGUCAAGAUGGGAUGGUGCAACAUAUCGCAUAAUGCUAUCGCCGAUUUGAAAAGAGGAACCUUCGCCCGGAAUUCCGUCUUAAAGGUCCUGAAUUUGAGCAAUAACAAAAUCAGAAAACUUGAUUCAAAUACUUUUCGUGGCAUGCGUUUUCUUAGACGGUUACACUUGAGUGAUAAUCAAAUCGACGACGUGGGUCGGGGAACUUUCGGUUCCGUUACUAGAAUCGGCACCAUCGAUCUUUCUCGGAAUUUCAUUAAGAAAAUUGACUUCCAAAUGUUUAAUCAAUUACAAUUUGCUGAGUUUUUAGAUGUUUCCGAGAAUUUCGUGACGAUUGUGGAGAAAUUGGCGUUCAAAGAUAUCUAUCUGGCGAGAGUGAAUCUGUCUCACAAUGAAAUUUCGAAGAUUGAGUCAGGCGCAUUUGAGAAUUGUGCGAAUAUCACAUUAUUGGAUCUCAGCCACAACAAGCUCGAGAAUAUCUCAAAGUAUUCUUUCGACAGUGCAUCGUAUGCUAUGGAAUUACAACUUAGUUAUAAUCAAUUUACAUCUCUAAAUCAAAUUCCAAUGCACAACAUGACGGGAUUGAAAAUCUUAAACGUCUCCCACAAUCUGAUACAUUCCGUUCCAAGACAGACUUUUCCAAAGCUAUACGAGCUUCAUACGAUCGACAUUUCGCACAACAAUCUAUCCGAGAUUCAUAAUGCCGUAUUUCAGACGCUCUUCAGCUUGCGAUUAUUGAACAUGUCACAUAAUUCUCUAGAGAAAAUAAAACCAUCGACGUUCGGACCGCUGCCGACACUUUUAGACCUCGAUAUGAGUUACAAUCAAUUAAACGACGUUGCACGAGGUAGUCUCACUCGAUUAGCCAGUUGCAGGAGUUUAACGGUAAAGAAUAAUCGUUUGACAAAGAUUUUUCAAUUGCCAAUUUCUCUGGGUCAUUUGGACUUCUCGGAGAAUCUAUUGGAAGAGAUUCCGAGCACCGACGUGUGGCCUACGAUGAAUGCAUUACUCUCGCUGGACCUUUCGCGGAAUCGGCUGGGCGAUAACCUGCAAGAGGGCAGCUUCGAAAACCUGCUGACCUUGAGAAUCUUAAACCUGCAAGCGAAUAACAUUACAAAGCCGCCUUGGCAAGCACUCGGCAGUCUGAGCAGUUUGCAGUAUCUUUAUCUACAGGAUAAUUACUUGACGAAACUGGAAAAAGCUGCCUUCGGCCGUCUGCCGAUAGUAUUCGAGCUGAACUUGGCGAAUAAUAAAAUAAAUAACAUAACGAGCCGGGCAUUUGAGGGCCUGUUGCAGCUGCUAACAUUAAACUUGACGAACAACAACAUUAGCUACAUACCAAACGGCGCGUUUCAGGGUCUAGUAUCUCUACGAACACUCGACCUAUCGUAUAAUAAAUUGGAGAAGCUGGACAACAAGACGCAUGGACUGCUCGACGAUUGUCUGUCUCUGGAAAGACUCAACCUUAGCCAUAACAAGAUAUCAUUUAUUACCCGGAAGACUCUUCCGAACGAUCCAUGGAUACCUUACAGGCUAAAGGAAGUCGACUUAUCCUACAAUACAAUGCCGGUUAUUACCUUCGAUCUCAUCGCCGGUGCUAAAAAAAUUCAGCACUUGAAUCUUUCUCAUAACAAUAUUAAUGAGAUCAGGAGGUAUGUAAUCGGGAAUUUAACGGCUUUGCAGACAUUGGAUUUAUCGUACAAUGAUAUAAGUGACAUCUCCGAUCAAGAUGUCUUUCUUCCGCCGUUAAAUUUAACCAACUUGCAUUUAAGUAACAACCAUCUAAGCCAUGUGCCUCUCGACAAAAUUCUACCUCUGCCGAAUCUAAAAGUUAUCGAUCUAGAAGAAAAUGAGAUCGGCGUUUUUGAUGAAAGAUUCAUGAAAAUUAUCCAGAACGGCACGGUGUUUAAAUACUCCGAUAAUCCCAUAUACUGUGAUUGUCAUGUACGGCCAUUGAAGAGAUGGUUAAAAUCUCAAACGCAAUUUCCAACGGAAUGGUUGAACGUGAUGUGUAAAAGUCCAAAUUAUCUCGCGAAUAAAUUUAUCUCAGAAGUGACGGAAGAUCUUAUGAAUUGCGGCGAAAGGGACAUUCAAGAGGAACCCGAACUCGAUAUCACACCUGAUGUGAAAUAUCGAAGCAUUGAUUACGAUACGGAUGAUAAGAGUUGGAAAGCGACAUGGUACGUGACGUCGCGCGAAGAUAUCGGCGACUUCUACGUGGUGGUUCGCGAAUCUGGCAGCAGCAAAUCCAUGCUCGAAAAGGAUGUCGUUUACAGUGAGAGAUCCUUCAAAAUCAACGAUCUGAAGAGGUCGAGCACCAAAUACGAGCUCUGCGUGCUCGCGCGCGACUCCGAGGGGAACGUCAAGCACUAUAGAAAUUCGCAGUGUCGGAUUUUGAAUCAGCACUCCAGCGCGACCAAUAAUCUCAAGGCGAGUCUGUACUUCGUGAUAGUCGCUGCUGUGUUUUGCACUCUUAUGAGAUUUCGUUAA